UUUCGUCAUCCGAUGCAAAGAGUCUUCGGCCAGCAGCAUGAAGUUCAGUGGUCUACUUUUUCUGUUCUGCUCUGCCCUACUGACCCGCACGGCAAUUGGCCUCAGCUUCACGGUGACCUCACGCAUCUAUAUGGAUGUCAAGCAUAAUAAGCAACCUCUGGGACGCAUUACAUUCGGACUCUUUGGCAAAUUGGCUCCGAAAACGGUGGCCAACUUUCGGCACAUUUGCCUUCGGGGGAUCAAUGGUACCAGCUAUGUUGGAGCACGAUUUCAUAGGAUUGUGGAUCGCUUUCUAGUGCAAGGAGGUGACAUAGUCAAUGGCGAUGGAACCGGUUCGAUAAGCAUCUAUGGCGAUUAUUUUGAAGAUGAGGCGAAAGCCCUAGAUGUUGAGCACAAUCGUCCGGGCUAUUUGGGAAUGGCUAAUCGGGGACCCAAUACGAACGGGUGUCAAUUCUACGUGACCACAGUGGGAGCCCAGUGGUUGGAUGGCAAGCACACGGUUUUCGGCAAAGUGCUCGAAGGCAUGGACACUAUCUACGCCAUAGAAGACGUAAAAACCGACACCGAUGACUUCCCCGUGGAGCCUGUGGUCAUCUCCAAUUGCGGAGAAAUACCCACGGAACAUUUCGAAUUCUAUCCGGAUGAUUUCAAUAUAAUGGGUUGGAUAAGGGCCGCAGGAUUACCUGUCACUAGUUCCUUUUUAGUUCUUCUCAUUUUUCAUUAUUUCUUUCGUCAACUCAACAUGUAUUGCUAA